ACUCUUGGUUUCAUCCAUAACCCCUUCUUGCUGCUACAGAUCUACUACAGCCUACAGGUCUACUGUUGGAGCUGCUUGCUGCUGCUUCCUGUGCCGGACCCUCUGCUUGCUGCCUCCUGUGCUUGCUGCCUCCUAUGCCGGACCCUCUACUUGCUGCCUGUGCUGCAUCCAACGGUUCUUUGGAUGAUAUAUGUUUCUUUACUCAAAAUGAGGAUGUGGAUUGCGAUGAAGACAAUAAUUCAGAGGUCUUUCUAUGAGCAAUUGUGGAUUUUGAGAGUUAAAGUGUUUUGAGUUGGUUCUUGGCUGCUUCCCUUCAUGUUGAAUGUUGGUUUAGUUUAGUUAUUUUAUUUAUGUUGGGUUGAUUUUUGCCUAUAUUUAGAACAAGUAUGUUGCUUUAUGUUGGAUUAAUUUCUAUGUAUAUUUGGAACAACUUAUGUUUGGAACAUGUUGCUUUAUGUUGGAUUAAUCUCUAUUUGAAAUAAUUUUAUUGAUUUAAU